AUGGGCUCCGUCUUCGACCGGAAGCAGCACCGGGACGAGCUCCGUCCCCUUGAUACCACUCCCAACCGCCACAACAAGCGCAAGAUCUCGACUACUUUGCCAUGGCGAGCCUUGUCUCACUCGCUUCAUCCUAGAGAUCGAGAACCUUGGCCGGAGAGGCGCGCAUCUCUACCCGCGCAGUCUAGAGCAUCACGACACUUGUCAAGAGAAUGCGCCCCUGCCCAGACGACUGAGAGCCGCGCAAUACAGAAGCCUCUGACCCUGUAUGGCGGGCCACGUUCUGUUGACAAUGUCUUGGAUCCUCGUUUCAUUUCGGGCAAAGACCUGCGAAUAAGUGACAUCUUGUCGCCUCGUAGGCAAUAUGCGCCCAUGAUAUCGUCAUUCAUGUCAAGAAUGGCAUUCUAUGAGCUCAUGGAAUUCUCCGUAGCCAACUCUAAAAAGCCGUACAGGAACUAUGGGGACCUCUCUGCCACGUCCAAAUCCGGACGAAAGCAGACUUUCUCGGUCGUCGUUUCUCGGCAAUAUCUGGGGCCAGCCGCCAGCACGAUACCUACUACUGUGGCUCAUGGCAGCCUUGCUAUGUUUGGCAGUUCUGCCGUGUCCGCCUCAGCCCCCGCCGUCAUGACAGCUGGCGUCUCGUCGACCGACGACAUGACGAAGAGGUUAGCCUAUAGGUUACUCCGUGCACUAUCCCCUUUCUUUACUUUCAGCCCGACUGUGGCGGCCGCCAUCUCACACGAGCCACAGUUUAUUCUUCUCUCCAUCUCUCGGGCUAAUUAUUCAAGCCUCAUGUUGCCCAAGCGAUCCGAGGGCCCCCACGUCGCGCCUGGUGAACCGACUCCAGACCUCGUGGACGUUGGUGAAGAGCCCAGCAGACUGGUGAUCGUACCAACCAAGCGGCCGCCAGGGGAAAAGCCCUUCCAAAUACCUGAAGCCACAGGAAAGCCGGCCAGAUACCCCGAAGCCCUCGUGUUGACACCUUCAGUGGAAUCCUCGCGAUGCCUUCAGGCACUUCACUGCACGUCCAGAAGGGCCCGACUCUACAUCGAGUUGAAGUCCUGCUCAGAUGACCAUCCUCCUCGUCUUCAAAACUCAGAUGAAGCAGCUUGUAAACGACAACCUAAUUUUGGCCUGACGACGCCUCGAUACCGUGAUAUCAAGCAGUAG